UCCCACUUCUCUCCGAUUGGAAGCGAACCAAAGAAGAGAGGAAGAGGACAGUCUCUUCUUCUUCUUCUUCUUGAUUUGGUUGAAUCGAAGUGCGUACUCUGUUACUGUGUAAUCUAUAUCUGUAGAUAUAGAAUUAUCGGCUAGAUCCACUGAGGAUCCGGUCAAUGGUCAUGGCGGAGGAGGGGAGCUCUACCGCUCUCAUGGCGCCGGCCCCCGUCACCGAACCCGACGAGAUCGACCUAGAAGCUGGACCCGGAGAGCAAUUCCAGUGCCGGAUCUGCCUCGAAACUGACGGACGGGAUUUCAUAGCGCCAUGCAAGUGCAAGGGGACUUCCAAAUACGUCCACCGUGAAUGCUUGGACCACUGGCGUUCUGUCAAGGAAGGUUUUGCAUUUGCUCAUUGCACAACUUGCAAGGCUCCUUACUAUCUGAGGGUUCAUGUUCAUGCAGACAGGAAAUGGAGAGUCUUGAAGUUCCGAUUCUUUGUUACCAGGGAUAUGCUAGUUAUAUUUGCAGCUGUUCAACUUAUAAUUUCUUCAUUGGCAUAUGCGGUCUAUUUGAUCGAUGGCUCUCAAGACAGUUGGUUGCGGUUGGCUUGGGGCUUUGACAAUGAAAUUAGUUUCUACUAUAUAUGUGGGGCAUUAUUAUUUUUUGCUCUGCUUGGAUUGUCCGGAUGCUUUAUUACCUGUUAUGAUCGAAGAGUGCGAAAUGAUUUGGCUCAGCCGUGUCGGGAAUUGUGUCUUUGUUGCUGUCAACCAGGAAUGUGCGCCGACUGUCAUCUCCCGGGCACGCUUUGCAUGUGGACUGACUGUACCACUUGCUUUGAAAGUUGUGCGAGUACAGCAGGAGAAUGUGGAUGCUUAGGAGGGGCUGGUGAAGCCGGAUUACCAUUGCUCUUUGUCGUAGCGCUAGUUGUUCUUGGGCUCUUCACUGUCAUUGGCAUAUUCUAUAGCGUUCUUGUUGCAACGAUGGUUGGCCAAAGAAUUUGGCAGCGUCAUUAUCACAUUCUUGCUAAGCGGAUGCUAACAAAAGAGUACGUCGUGGAGGAUGUCGACAGCGAGGGCACUGAUUGGUGCCCGCCCCCACUACCACCGGAGCAUAUUCAGCAGCUCAGGGCACUUGGACUUCUGUAGUCUAACCUUUGAAGACAAUAUACCAUUGUGCUUUAGAAAUCCACCGAAGAGACUGGUACAAAAACUACUAGUAUCGACAAUAGGCGCGACACUUUGAAGAUACUACAUUUAUAUUACCUUAUCCUCUGUUUUGAGCAGUUGUACUAUUACUGUAAACCCUACGUCCUUGUGUAAAUGUUCUGAAGAUGUAGCUAAUCAUCCUUUUGCUAUCUUCUUUGAACAAACUUUGUCACUUUUCUUCACACAAUACAGCAUGUAGCAUCAUUUACAAUUUUCUGUGUCGAAAGGCCAAAGAUUUGUGAUCUUGAGAAGUUGUAAAUGCUCAAGAUCACCAGGUUGGUGAUCUGCUUUUAGAUAUCAGUCUGUUUUUGCAAACAUGCUUCUGGUAUCUAUAAAAGGAUUCUUAUGCAUUAUCA